GCCACAAACACGCACUAUGUGAAACUUGUCAGGGACGACACUGACAAUCAAGUCCGCGCCGCUUACCUUGUUCGUUCAAGAUAAUCCUGCUGGCCGCCAGCUGCCCGUCUCCUCAUUCCCUUCAGUCUGUCAUCGAAGCAGUCCAGGUUGCCAAUUCCUAUAUUAGACACGCGAGUAGCACACAACUGUAGCCGCUCGCCCCUAUCAACAACACAUCAACAUGGCUCCUAGCAGGACUUCGCAGCGCGCACUGCUGCUGAGUGCCACACUUGGCCUCGUAAAUGCCGUUUCUUUACCAGAACCAACCGCUGCACCCGCGAAGGUCGAAGUUCGACCACCGAUUGUCACUCCCGCGGCGAUCCGAUUCGACGAGCGAUACAGCUAUGUUGAGAGACGAGACAUCUUGGACGACAUCAAGAGCGGUGUUGGUGGUGCCAUCAAAUCGCUGGAGAGUGUUAUUGGAACGGCAUUGCCCAGCUUCUUCACUGAUGGCAUCCCCGGCUGGUUUGAAGGUCUUCCGACCGGUAGUGCGGUCAUGUCCAGCUUGGGAAUCAACGACGAUGACCUCGCUGCGAUACCUACUCAGGUCCUCAAUGUCCCUCCAUACGCGAACUGGACAGACAAGGGUUGGAAUGUGCGAUUCCACGGCAAUGUCUACAAGAUUCCCAACAUCUCGCAGUCGAAGAUCGACGACCUCGCUAAUAUCUUCCUGAUCGACACGAGCGUAGAGCAGCUCCCUGAUGAACAGAAAGCCAACGCUCGCAACCUCACUCGAUCGAUCUUCGUCGUCCAGCAAGGCGAAGAGAAUGUUACUGUGACUCUGGAACCCGCACCCAUGCAGGGUGGAGAUGGGGAGUCAGGAGGUGGAAACUCCAUUCAAGCCACUGGAGGCAACCAGACCAUCAAGCUGCCGUAUGAGACCACUGCUGAGGGAGACUUUGACGUCUUUGUACCGAUCCAGAGCAAUGGCCUCACCAACGGCAACGAGACCAAUAAUGUACAGCGUCUGAACGUUCACACCCUUGGCACCGACAGUGGCAACGCAACCGCCUAUCUGGUCCCUUCCACAGGCAUCACCUUCAUCUCCGAUAUUGACGACAUCCUCCGAGUGACUAAGAUCUACGACCCAAAGGAAGGCCUGUUGAACUCUUUCGCGCGCGACUUCACUCCAUGGAUGAACAUGCCCGACAUAUACCGCAACUGGUCGCAGACUCUGCCAAACAACACGCACUUCCACUACCUGACGACCACCCCUGAGCAGGCUACCCGCAAUUACAUGGACUUCAUCUACAAGACCUACCCCGGUGGUUCAUUCGACACCAGACCCCUCAACUUCUCGGACGUCAGUGCUACUUUGGCCAUCCGCGAUUACCUCCUACGUAAGAUCUUCGCCACCUUCCCUGAGAGGAAGUUCGUGCUUGUCGCCGACACAUCCAACUCCGACGUCAUGAAGGACUACCCACAGCUCGCCCACGACUUCCCCAACCAGGUCCAGUGUAUCUUUCUGCGCAACACAUCCUCGACUGACAGCAGCGAUUGGUUCCCGUACAACACCGAAGGCUUCAAGGGCCUGAACAACCGCAGCUACAUGUUCUUCCACGUACCGGAUGACCUGACUGGUCUGGACAUUGCCAAUGGCCAGUGUUUAAACGAGUCGAUCAAGCAGAACGUUACUUUCUCCCGACAGGCUGAGGUCCUUGGCAUCCAUGGUAGUGCUGGGAGCCGGGUCAGUGGCGGUGCCACCAUUAGCUUUGUAGCGGCGUUGGUCGCUGCUAUGCUCUUGACUCUGUAGAGUCACUUUUUUUACGCAUGAAUGAUUGUAUACGAGUCAUUGUCAAGGUCGGAUAGGAUUCGAGCGCUGGCUCAUCGAUUUUAGCGGCAUGUUUCUUCUUGGUAGUCGCAUCAUUCAUAGUCAAUGCAUCAAAGCCUUUCAAACACCGUACUUGCCACCUGUGCUACCACGUUGUUCCACACU